AUGCCAACCACGUCAAAACCAUACACUCUUCUUCUUCUCGGAGAUGUCAUGAUUGGACGUCUCAUCGAUGCUCUGCUACCUACUAGUAUAGCUCGCCAAUCGCCGCAUUCCGACCCCGAAUCGGCCGCAUCGACAAUUGACAAACACAUUCUCCCACGCUAUCCCCAACUCAAGUCAUAUGACUACCUCGCGCCCUGGGGCAACAGCGCCGAGUUGAUCCGAGGAUCAGAUCUGGUGCUUGCAAACCUCGAAACGGCAGUGACGACAAGCGAGAAGAAGUGGCCGAGCAAAGUAUUCAACUAUCGCACUCAUCCUGGGAAUACCCAGUGUUUGACCGAGGUCGGCUUGGGCGGUGGGGCGAGAAGAGGCUAUGUCAGCUUGGCAAACAACCAUACCCUGGAUUGGGAUGUAGAGGGUUUACAAGAAACAGUCGAGACGUUGGUCAACAAUGGCGUACAGUUUGCAGGGGCUGGUCGAACGAAGGAGGAGGCUCACAGACCUGCGACACUGCGCCUCGGGGUUCCGGAGGGGUGGGAGAUCAAGUGUUGGAGUUUUGCGGACCACCCCAGUGAGUGGUCAGCCAUGGACACCUUCAACUACAUCACAUACACGGGCAAGGGAAGGGAGACGAUAAAAGGGCAGCUCUUGGCCAAAGAUGACAGCGAGGGGCAGGGAAAGGUGGGCCUCAAAGUGGUGUCGAUACAUUGGGGGCCAAACUAUCGCUGGCAUCCCGCGCAGGAAAUUAUUGACCUGGCGCAUUGGAUGAUCGACGAGUGCGGCGUGGACCUGAUCCACGGCCAUAGCAGCCACCAUAUUCAGGGCGUGGAGAUAUACAACGGGAAGCUGAUCGUCUAUGGAUGUGGUGACUUUGUGGAUGACUAUGCGGUUGAUCCCAAUUACCGAAACGAUCUGAGUGCCGCCUGGAGAGUUUCCGUGAGUGAGAAGGUAGAAAGGAAGGAGGGAGAGAGCGGGCUCGAGAUAAAGAGGCUGGAGGUCUUUCCGAACAGGAUCAAGAGGUUCCAGGCACAUCUAUUGGAGGCAGACGACCCGGAUCACGACUGGGUAGAGAAUACAUUUAGAAGGCUGUGUCUCCAGUUCGGAACACGAGUCCAGAAAGAUUUGGGAAAUGAGGGGCAGAUUGUCGUCCUAGUCACCGUUUGA